CUGCACCCCAACGUUGAGAAAUGAAGCCCGCCAUCUGUCGUUAACGCCAAUGUCACAGCGCCAAAGAGUGCCGCCCACCGUAGCCUUAAUGUGAAACUCUUUUCUAGUUGUCACCAAACACAAGGCCUCAUUCACACGUCAAACGAAAGCUCCAAAUCUAUCAUUCUCCCGUUCCGUUUGUCAGCAAUAACAAGGAUUUUCCCAACGACGAGUAUGGGUCUAACAACGCGGCUUCUGGUCCCGGUGGCUUGCGUCCUGUUCCUGGUCGGUGGCCGGGUCCAAUCGCAGGAUGCCACAUUUUGGAACGACCAGGCAAAACAGACGUUGCAGAGUGCCCUAAACCGCGAGCGCACGUUGAACAAGAACGUGGCUAAGAACGUGGUGUUCUUCCUAGGGGACGGCAUGGGGGUGUCCACCGUGACUGCGGCGCGGAUCCUGAAGGGGCAGAACAUGGGCAACCCGGGGGAGGAGACGGUGCUAAAGUGGGAGGAAUUCUCCAGCGUUGCCCUGUCGAAGACCUACGGUGUGGACAAGCAAGUUGUAUCCUCGGGCUCUUCAGCCACUGCGUUCUUCUGCGGCGUGAAGGCCAACAACAACAUGUUUGGUCUGGACUCCAGAGGGCGAGAUGGAGAUUGCGCGUCUAGUAUCGGUGCAGCAGUGGAUUCCUUCCUGAUCCUAGCCCAUCGGGCAGGAAAAUCGACUGGUUUCGCUACCACGUCCCGUGUGACUCACGCUACACCGGCUGCUCUCUACGCCCACACCCCGAAGCGCUCCUGGGAAAACGACGGCGACAUACCCACGGAGGAAGCGGCCAAGGGCUGCACGGACAUCGGGGCGCAGCUUGUCGAGAACGGCCACGUGUUCGAUGUGGUGUUAGGGGGCGGCCGCCGGGAGUUGACCGACACCAACGAGACGGACCCCGAGUACCCAGACGAGGUCGGACAGCGGACGGACGGCCGCAACAUUAUAGAGGAAUGGAUGGGCAAGAAAGCAGCGGAUCGCACCAAGUACGUCUGGAACCUUGAGCAAUUCAACAACGCGGAUCCGGCAGAAACAGAUGCUCUUCUCGGUCUGUUUGAGCCGAGUCACAUGCACUUUGAGGUGGACCGCGCGGGUGAUGAAGCUGGGGAGCCCUCUAUCGCCGAGAUGACGGCGAAGGCAAUCAAGAUACUGCAGAAGGACCCCCAUGGCUACUUUCUCGUUAUUGAAGGUGCCCGCAUUGACCACGCCCACCAUGGAAGCAAUGCAGCACGAGCCCUGACGGACACUCUUGCGAUGGAGGAAGCCGUGAUCAAGGCAAUGGAAUUGACCAACGAGGAGGACACGUUGGUCAUCGUAACUGCUGACCACAGCCACACUAUGUCCUUCGGCGCUUACCCGCUGCGGGGCAACCCUAUUCUAGGAUUAUACGAUGAUGGUGAAGGCUCGGACGGUAUGCCCUACACGACCCUGAACUAUGCAGACGGGCCGGGCGGCGAGAUAGAGAGAGACAGCUACAAUGCUGUAGGGAGGAGACGAAACCUUACCAACGUGAACACAGGUGACAUUGACUUUAAACAGUCGGCCAUCGUCCCGCGCAGUUCCGAGAGCCAUGCCGGGGAGGACGUGGCCAUCUACGCCAACGGACCCAUGGCCCACCUCUUCCACGGAGUCCACGAGCAGAACUACAUCGCACACGUGGUACGCUACGCCGCCUGUUUGGACUACAAGGAGCACUGUGACAUGAGCAGCGCGCCCUCUCGCCAUGGAUUCAACCUGCGGCUGAUAUUGGUCACUGUAUUCCUGAGCGUGCGUUUUUGGAUUUAGAAAGUGACUCAGUUUCUCAUGGGAAUUUUUGUGGAUCCGUAUGAUGUGCACCGAAUACACAGAACUAAAAAGGAACAUGUGAGAAAAAUGUGUCAUCGAUUGACCAGCCUUCCUCAGUUGGAAAUCGUGUACAAAUCUAUUGAAAGCAGUUGUACUGGGAGAAGAGUGUUAUGUAGGAAUUAAACAGAAGUUACCAAAGUUAAAGUGGGCUGUCCUUUGUAUAUUGGUACAUAAAUUCUCACCACUGGCCCUUUAGGUAGACACGUUUUGCUAAAAAAGGUUUACCUUUUCGGAGACAAGGUAGAUCGAGAAAUUAAUUGAAUGUCUCCCUAUAUAUUAUACUUGUUUAAAGCCAAUUUCUUAGCAUAAGUUUGCUGUCACAAAUACAAAUAGCCUAAAUCGAUUCCUUGUGUGAUACCAAAACAAAAAGAUUUACAAGUUUGGUGAGGGUAACUUUAGGUUAGGUUUAAAUGUUAUUCAUAAAUACCUGUAGACAGUUUAUCCAUUCCUAUUGGUCGAGAGCCCGUCACGUGGCCGGUCUUAAACGGACGAUACAGACAUUGUAUAUGGAAUCCCGCGUAUUGUUAAGCGUUACAUUGUCUUUUCGAAGCUGUCCCCCCUCCCACCCAAUAUUUUUGAUUGUAGACCUAUAACAGUUUCAGCAAAAUUUCAUAUUACGUCUGGUAUCCAGCGAUCUAUGACGUUGAAUAAACCGAGUGAUGGAACCGCUUA